GAGUCAAGGCGGAAGCUUCGAAUCUGAAGCCAACUUCAGCGUAUUUGUUCGUCCAUUAUGGUGUAGCAGCAAAUAUCCAGCUAACUGUAUUACCCUGAUGUUUAUCAGCCCUCUGUACCGAUAAUUCUCUAGGAAAACUUCUUUUUUUUUUUCCAGCAGAACCCAUUUGAAGUGUUUUAUUGAACGGCGUAAAACAGUGCGGAAGUCUCCGCCCCUUUUUAGAGGUAAACAAAAUAUACCUUCGUCAUCCCAGUGUAGGAGCUACCGUGACUCUGGCUGUAUUUGCUCAGCUGUAAAUGGAAAUAAGCAACUUUUAAGCAUGAAUUGUCGCUCGGAGGUUCUGGAGGUCACGGUGGAGGCUCGCCAGGUGGAGGAGGCUAUGCUCGCCUUGCUACACACCAUUUUGCUGCACCGAAGCACGGGCAAGUUCCACUACAAGAAGGAGGGCACCUACUCCAUCGGCACCGUGGGCACUCAGGACAUCGACUGCGACUUCAUCGACUUCACCUUUGUCAGGGUGUCCUCCGAGGAGCUGGACAGGGUGAUCAGGAAAGCGGUGUCUGAAUUCAAGGAUGCCCUUAGCAGCGACGGCAUGGGGCAGAUCUCCCUGGAGUUCUACCAGAAGAAGAAGUCUCGCUGGCCCUUCUCCGACGAGUGCAUCCCCUGGGAGGUGUGGAGCAUCAAAGUCAUCGUGGUCAACCUGGCUAAUGAGCAGGAGAGACAGAUCUGCAGGGAGAAAGUGGGCGAAAAGCUCGGGGAGAAGGUGAUCAACGUGGUGGAGGUCAUAAACCGCCACGAAUACCUGCCCAAGAUGCCCACCCAGUCUGAAGUGGACAAUGUUUUUGACACCAGUCUGAAAGAUGUGCAGCCAUACCUGUACAAAAUCACGUACCAGAUCACCGAUUCUCUCGGAACUUCCGUGAGCACCACCAUGAGGAGGCUGAUAAAGGACACUCUGGCCUUGUGAGGAUCAUCUUCUUAGAUCACUAUAUAGUUAUGUUUUUUUUUUUUGCAGUAUAAAGACAUGUCGGCUCUUCUCCUGCAGGUUUGAAGCAGCGUCUGUCGUCACUGAUGUUAAUGUUAUGAUUCUGCAGGUUUCUGUUCAUUUGUCAAUUAUGUACUCUUUGAUUUUGAAGAUCUGAAAUUGCACCUAUAGUAGCACAACAUCCAACAAAAGCUGUAAAUAGUGUCAACCUUCCUAAUAAAUUAUUCUCAUCAAACUUUGCAGACUGAAACGGACAAACGGAAAAAGCUUGGUUUUGGUGCAAAUGAUAAAAGCUGACUUUGGGGGAAAAGAUUUCCUCACUGACGAGAGAAAAAAAAAAGCUUCCUCUGCGUGCAUUUCCAUGGUGAGGGUGACCUUACAUGUAGAUUAGAACAGGAUUUCCAGUUUGUGUUUUUUUUUUUCUUUUCUUUUUUUCAAAAUUAAAGCUAACACAUCCUAAGUUCA